CUCGGCCAAACGAACAAAGACCGGCACACGUGCUAAGACCGAGCACAUGUGCCUGCUCGUCUGCGGGCGAGCACAAGCUUUGCGUGCAAAUAAGGACGCAGCGUUUGCGAUCGAGGCUGUCAUUAGUCAGACACGGACGUGGCUUUGCGGACGCUGAAGCUUGAGACGCGCCCCUUCCGCGGCUCCAGUGAAUAAUUGGACCACAACGAGACAUUUCAGAUGCGAUGCGCUGGCCGUUGACGAGGGGUCACUGUGGAAACGAAAAGUGGGUGCGCCCCGUGCACGAAGGGGCGCAGCAGAGUUUUCAUCUCCAUCGGCCCCCAUAAAUUCGGUAGUUCACAACCCGUGUUUCUUAAUACAACUUAGUGGAACACGAGAUUUAUAAAGAUGGCCACCGUUGAGAAGAAGUACCCAUAUGCGCUCGACUCCGAGGGGAAAGCUAAAUAUGUGCCGGUAUGGCGCUUCACGCAACCACACAUGAUGGCCUUCCACCUGUCCUGGAUUUGCUUCUUCAUGUCCUUCGUCGCUACAUUUGCGCCUGCCUCGCUCGCGCCCGUUAUCCGUGAUGACCUGUUCCUGACCAAGUCGGAGGUGGGCAACGCCGGCGUCUCCGCCGUGUGCGGUGCCAUCGCGGCGCGUCUCUUCAUGGGCAUCUUCGUCGACGUCGUAGGUCCCCGCUACGGCGCCGCUGCCGCCAUGCUCAUGACCGCACCCGCCGUCUUCUGCAUGGCCCUGGUCACCGACUUCUCCACCUUCGCCUGUGUGCGCUUCUUUAUCGGUCUCUCGCUCUGCAUGUUCGUGUGCUGCCAGUUCUGGUGCGGUACCAUGUUCAACGUGCAAAUCGUCGGCACCGCCAACGCCAUCGCCGCCGGCUGGGGCAACAUGGGUGGCGGCGCUUGCCACUUCAUCAUGCCGCUCAUCUACCAGGGCAUCAAGGACGGCGGCGUUCCCGGCUACCAGGCCUGGCGUUGGGCUUUCUUCGUCCCCGGCGGCAUCUACAUUGUCACCGCCACCCUGACCCUGCUCCUGGGCAUUGACCACCCCAGCGGCAAGGACUACCGUGACCUGAAGAAGGAGGGCACGCUCAAGGCCAAGGGCAACAUGUGGCCAGUCAUCAAGUGCGGCCUCGGCAACUACAGGUCUUGGAUUCUGGCCCUGACCUACGGCUACUCCUUCGGCGUCGAGCUGACAGUUGAUAACGUCAUUGUAGAGUACCUCUUUGACCAGUUUGGCCUCAACCUUGCGGUGGCGGGCGCCCUCGGCGCCAUCUUCGGCCUUAUGAACAUCUUCUCUCGUGCUACCGGCGGCAUGAUCUCUGAUUUGAUUGCCAAGCCGUUCGGCAUGCGCGGCCGGCUGUGGGUGCUGUGGAUUACGCAAACGCUCGGCGGCAUCUUCUGCAUUAUCAUGGGCAAGGUCAGCAACUCGCUAACGGCCACCAUCGUCAUCAUGAUCAUCUUCUCCAUCUUCUGCCAGCAAGCAUGCGGCAUGCACUUCGGCAUCACGCCCUUUGUUUCCCGUCGCGCCUACGGUGUCGUGUCUGGUCUGGUGGGUGCCGGCGGCAACGUGGGAGCGGCCAUCACGCAAGCGAUCUGGUUUUCUGGCACCGCCACCUGGCAGAUCAACCUGUCCCGCCCAGAUAGCUUUGUGUGGAUGGGCGUGCAGGCUGUGGCGCUCACGGUGGCCGUCAUGUUCAUCUGGUUCCCCAUGUGGGGCUCCAUGUUCACUGGGCCGCGCGAGGGCGUGGAGGAGGAGGACUACUACCUGCGCGAGUGGAGCGCGGAGGAGGUGGCUCAGGGGCUGCACCAGGGCUCGAUGCGCUUCGCCAUGGAGUCGAAGUCCCAGCGCGGCUACAAAGACAAGCGAAUGCUGGACGCCGUUGGUGAGACCGCCUCUGCUGACGUGGCCGCCGUGAAAGCAACCGUGGCAUAAACCGCGCAGUGCAAGCGUGCCUAUAGUGGGUGUAUGUGUAGAAUACUUUUAUCUGUGACACUGGUUUGUGCUGUAUGCCGGUACACGCGGCUUUGGUGUUUGCUUGCGAGCGUGUCAGUUGUCGUUUCCACACACGUGUGUGGCUUGUGUGGUGUGUAUGGGCGGGGGGGGCAGCGCCGUCUUGCACGUUACGGCAUGGAGCUUGCGGAGCGAAUGAGUAGCGCACAUGAUAUCACAUAAGAGUUAGGGAGUAGCUAGGGUAAGAGAACACUGAACGUUCCGGAUGUACGUCGUAUGAGAGUGCACGACAAGACAGUAGACCUUCGGAAGAGACAGCAGCAGAGACAGCGCCCCACAUUGCACGGUGGCAUCUUUGCUCGUUGCCGCGGUGGGUGCGUAAGCGCGGCCGGUAGGGCGGAUAUCUUAUGUCAUGACGAUUGAGUUGGCGUGGUGUGACACGAGUACAAAGGGUGCGUGCACAUGUGCAAAUUUAUUAUGACCUAUACUAAAGUAAUGAUGUGUCUUUUGGGGCAGCGCGGGGCGGAGGAGGAUGCACGCAGGGAAAUCCGUGAUUCCAUGAAUGAUGAAAAGGCGCAGGCGGCGGCGCGGCGCGGCCAUCAGCGGACGGCGUGUGGAGUGGAUGGAGGCAAUCAAGGCGUAGGUUACAUUGCCGCUGUGGGUCCAUCUGAAUGUAUUACUACCAAGUAAUGUGGCAGUUGCCAAUCCAGGGUGCGGCAUCCUCCUGUGCCAGUCCCGGCUCCUGCUGUAAAAGCAAUUUCAA